AAGAGGAGAUGGCACGACUGCUUCAGUUUGCCACUGGUUGCUCCCGACUUCCCCCUGGUGGUUUUGCUCAGCUGUCUCCACAUUUCCAAAUCUCUGCAGCCCAUACUUUUGGUGUCUUGCCAACAGCUCACACAUGCUUCAACCAGCUUUGUCUACCAGACUAUGACAGCUAUGAGCAGUUUGAGAAGGCAAUACUUUUAGCCAUCAAAGAAGGCUCUGAAGGCUUUGGAAUGGUAUAAGUUCUAUCCAGGAAAAUUGGAAUACCCUGUAUUGGUUUUAUUUGUAAACACUAAUGUUGAUCAGCUCUUUUUGAGUAAGGGGCUUGAGAAGUGCUGAGUAUUAUACAGGUAAUGAAGUCUAUUUUUAUUUUUUUUGGAACUAUAUUAUAUAUAUACACAAUAUUUUAUCAAACUAAAAUUCAAGGGACGUUUCUCUGAAGAGAUAAGGAAUACAUUGUACUAAGACAAUAAGUUAUAUUUAUAUACUUUUGAAAUGGCAAGAGAUUUGAGGUAUAACAGAUUCUCGGUUAAAAAGAAAAUUUUAAGGACCAUUUGAAACAUACUGUACUGAGUUGCAGUAAGUAAAUACACGGAAGGCUUGGUAGAUUAGAGUGCUAGACUUAACUGUAAGAGAGGAACACACAGCUAAAUAGGUAUGUGUAUUUAUUUUGAACUAUUUUAUGAGUGAUGUGAACAAAGUGAUAAUUUGCUUGCAAGGAAGAUGCAGUACUAAAGAUAGGAGAUAAAUUUGGCUAAGUGAACAGGUGUUCACCACCUGGCAGAUUGUUAUGUUAACUUCCAAAGUAUGACUUGAUGAUCCUAGAUCAUGGCCUAUAGCACUGUCUAGCUAGCUAAAACAAAUACUGUAUUAAAUUUUUGUAUGGUGAGACACACCUAUUAUGAGGUACAGCACCAGCACAUCAUAAUGCACCAGCAAGUUUCUUUAGAGAAGGAGUCAUAAAAGAAAAGUAUCAAAUGAUAUUUGUUUUACAGUUUGGAGAAGUCCAUCCAUAAACUCACUGCACUUUUAUUGUCUCACCUAACCGUUUAUUGUCAUACAUCUGCAGUUUCCCCAUCCCCUUGUAUUUAAUUAUCAAGUGAGCUAUAUGACUUAAGUAUUAAAUAAUUAUUGAAAAUUAAAGAUUGUAGAAAUAGCUUAACAUAUAGUUAAUAGUUCAUCCAAAUCAUAAUGAGUUUGACAAUAUACUGUACACUGCUGGUAAUGCACAUACAGUACAGUACACAUUCCACACCUUGGGAAGGUUUUUUGGGGAAUAAAUAGCUGUCAAUACACCCAAUGUUUAUCAUGUGACUCAUCUCAUGAUAGAUACUAAAUGCUUAUUAAGAAUACUAAUAGUGGAGCACUGUAUGAGACUACGUUUGUUGAGCACAUCAUAAAAAAUUCCCCAAAUUAGUUUUCUUAGUGAUACUAUUUUUUAACAUAACUAGUACUGUACUGUAGUCACAUGUAAUACAGGUUUGGGUAUCCCUUAUCCAAAAUGCUUGGGGCCAAAAGGGUCUUGGAUUUGGGAUAUUUCAGAAUUUGGAAUAUUCGCGGGGGUUAGGUUUCAAGGAAUGGCGUGAAUAGGCAAAACUGUGAAUAGCAACUUAUACUACCUUAGUGCACUACUGUAUACUUAUGCCAAACAACCAAACAGCCACGACAACACUCUUCCCCUCCUUUAACUUGUCUCAUAAUUAAAUUUUUUUUGUCAGGGUCAUCACUGACUUCUGCCUUUUACCUCACAAGUAUCACUAGCACUGACACUAGGCAGUCUUUUAGGGGCCAUUUUCACACAGAAACACUUAAGUUUUGAGAGUACAACACAAGAUGCUGCAGGAAAAGGUUCACAAGCUAGCCACCAUAGCCACCAUUUGCUUACCUCGAAUCAUCGAAAUUGCGAAUCGCAAACCCACGAAUGGCAAGGGCCUACUGUACCUAUAAUUUGUAUGCCUGUAUAAUGUGGCAGCUCACCCAGCGGGGAUGGGGCCCAAGUAUAUACACGAAAUUCAUUUACAUUUCAUUUAUAGCAUUUGAGUGCAGGUAGUUUAUGAAUUUUUUUUUUUUAUUAUUUUGUGUAUGAAAUACAUGAUCAGAUGUAUCCACUGAAGAAUGAGAUAGGUAAGUAAUCACUUCUGUCCGUUUGGCAUCGCCAUGAUAACCGACUCUGAGGUGCUAAGCAGUCUGUGUCUUACCUUUAUUCAUUACACAUACCUGUACAUACUUAUUGUAAAUUUAUUUUUGGAAUGCCCUGAAAAUUAUGAAGUUACCCUAAAAUAUUAUUUAUUAUCGUAAAUGAUGAAAAUGUUGUCACUGUUCUUUGCAGUGUUUGCCAAUAAUCAAUUAAUAAUUUUAUAUAAGGCCUCCCUCAACAAUACCUCGGGAAAUGCCAGAUAUUUCCACAAUCUCUAAAUCAACAGAAAAAUGUAAUGACAACUCAAAUACUUUCUCACUGAUUCUUGAGGAUAAUGACAUUAUUGAUAUUUUUGUAUUACUAUUUUGAUGUUUUACAUAUGCAAAUAAUUAAUACUAAUUGCCUAAAUAGGUGAAAAAAUAUGCCAAUCAGAAUAUAAUGGAAUAUUGCUGUUAAAAAAAGGAUAGUGAAACAAGAACAUAAUGUGAAUAUAUAAUAAAACAUUUAAAAUAUAAUACUGUACUUUAAAAGUAUCAUAAAUACCCAUUCUAAGGAUAUUUCCUAAGAAUGGAAAGCACAGCAUAGUAACAUGAUAAAAGAAAUGUAUACUUUUUCCUAUUAAUGUGAGGUUGUGUAGAGGUGGAAUUGUAUGAAGUUAAGGAAUGGCCAGUCAGUCCAACAUCAAAUUACUUCAGCAUUUAUUAACUUACUACUUCAAAGUAAUUACCUUAAAAUAUCAGUAAAAUACCACAAGAAAUCCUUGAUUAACCUUGAUUUUGCAAAAGUUUUGCAUACCCUAAAUUUCACCCUAAAGAAGGCCUGAUUACCAUACAUGGGGGCAUACUGUAUAUCGCUUGAAAUUUUUUUAUUUAUUUCAGAUCAUUUCAGAUUUGGGAAUUUUGGAUAAGGGAUACCCAACCUGUUACCAUUUGUCAUGAGUUACAAAUAGGAAAAUGAAAAAAAAAAUCACGAAUCCUAAUUAAUCAAAUUUAGUCCACUCCUUUCUAAGUGUACAGAUACAUACAGAAAAAAGUAUUGGAUAGGUGGGAGAAAGUGUAGGCGUAUACUGGGUAAACAUCAAAUGUAAGGUGAACAAAUUGAUUUUAAGAAGGUCUAAACACUGUAUGUUAAUGGUCUGUUUAGGUGUUUGGAGAAUUUUUAUAAUGAAAAUACUACAGCAAAACAUUUAAUAACUUUACUUAACAACAGUUUCAACACAAACCCUCAUAGAGUUUAGUCAUAUGUGGCCUCACUUCUUCACUCCUGUUAUGUGUGGUGUGAGAAACUAUGUUGUGUGUUAUGUUUAUCAUAAUUUUAUUUGCUAAAUCUAAGUACGCCUGUAAGGAAACUUUUCUGGACUUGAUAUUUUAAACAGCUACUGUACCAACAAAUAGAUGUUAUAAAAUAUUUGAAUAUCUAGCCAGUUUUAUACAGUGGUCCCUCCAUUAACGAGCACAAUUGGUAUAUUGGGUAAUUGGUUCCAACUCACAGAUUUCCCUUUAAAUUAAUUAAAAAGUACAUACAAAGUACUGUAUACCAGUAAUAGAAUUAACAAUAUGUAUGGUAUGUUCAUGUAAACAAGUACAAAUAAAUGAAGAAAGUUAUGUAUAUCUACCCAAAAAUAUGAGUUGAUAAAUUUGCACUUACCGUAUAUCACGGCCUAUA